ACAAAUGACAAUCUAAUCAUUGGUUUUUUGGUUAAAUAUUGCGAAAAAUAAUCCAAAUAUUUUGAUUUCAUUCAUUUUGACUGCCUAGCUAUGGAUACGUAAAAAUUUAUAAUGACUUCUCAGUAUAAGAAAUUCACCAAACUUCUUGUAAAGUGGCCUGUCGACGCUUCUAAAGGGGAUAGAGACCUUGGAAAAUUCAUUCGCGACAAAGUCAAAGCUGCCUUCGAGACCGAUAAAGCAAACUUGGACUCAGAACUUUGCACCCGCCAAUACAACUCCUUAACCAAACUAGCGGACAACUACUACAGAAAUAAAUAUAAAAGAACAAGGCAUAGUACUGCAACUGGGCUGAGUGAAGAAGAGUGUCAGCUCAUACUAUCCUCUGAAGUGUUAGAUUAUUUGAAAGAAGAAAACAAAGGUUUCUUUAAAAAAAUAUUUAUUCACACAAACCCAUAUAAAGAUCAUACACCAGUAAUGUUGAAUGAAGUCAUCAAACAUUUGAAACCGACAAACGAUGAACUGUAUUUAGAUAUGACGUUUGGAGCGGGUGGUCACUCACGAAAAAUACUCGAAUCAGCAAAUUGCAGGUUAUUAACUCUUGACAGAGAUCCAGUAGCAUUCGAAAAAGCUAAAAAACUGGCUGAAGAAUUUCCUAAUAGAGUUACUCCAUUGCUAGGUAAAUUUAGUGAGUUGCCGUCUUUAUUAAAAGGUGCUGGUAUCAAACAGUCUUCUAUAGAUGGGAUCUUGUUUGACUUUGGUUGCUCGUCAAUGCAAUUAGAUACCAAAGAAAGAGGGUUUUCAAUUAGCAAGAACGGUUAUCUCGACAUGAGAAUGGACGCAGGACGCGAUCCUGACCAAAUAACGGCCAGAGAAGUCCUAGCGACGGCUAACGAACAUGAGCUAUAUAAAAUUUUCAAAAUAUAUGGAGAAGAGAAAAAAGCGGCAAAGAUUGCGCAAACUAUAAUUCAAGCUAGAUACAUGAUUAAAAAUAUUGAAACAACUCACGAAUUAGUUGAUGUUGUUGACUCGUGUUGCCCAGAUGAAUUCAGAUUGGAUAAGUUGCAACGACCACAAUCAAAUGCCACCAAAGUCUUUCAAGCAUUACGUAUCUUCGUUAAUAAUGAAUUAAAUGAACUCAACUAUGGCAUGGUACUAGCGAAGUAUUAUUUGAAGUUGAACGGAAGACUCGUGACAGUAUGCUUUCAUUCGUUAGAAGAUACAAUCGUUAAAAGGCAUAUAGCUGGGAAUGUAAUUAAUGAAACAGCAAACCCUGUUCCAUUGAGAUAUCUAAACCCAAUGUUAGUACAGGAUCAAGAUACUAUAAAUCAGUUCUUAGAUUCUCCGUGGAAAGCUAUCAAUAAGCAUGUGGAAGUUCCAACUGAUGAAGAAGUGGACAGGAAUCCCAGAAGUCGAAGUGCUAGGUUAAGGGCUGCAAUUAAAAUAAAAUAGUGUAAAUAAACAUGUUUGAGAACUAACAUUUAUGUUAAAUGUAAACAUGUGUGUAGAUAUUAGUAAAUAGUUAAAUUAAACAAAAAUAAAUUAUUAUUAUUAUU